AUGUUCACAGAAGCCUACACCGUCAUUCCAAAGGGCACAUUCCGUGACAUCGUGACCAGCUUCCUCCCCUUCUGGGAGCAGACCCGACUCUGGGUCAUCGCGCGCCCCCUCUCCGGCUUCGCCGAGACCUUCUCCCAAUACAUCAUGGAAGUCCAGCCCGGCGGCGGCAGCUCGCGCGCCGAACUCGACCCCACCGCCGAAGGCGUGCUGUUCGUCGUCGGGGGCGAAAUCACCGUCAGCCUCGAUGGAAAGUCACACAUCCUCACCGAGGGCGGCUACGCCUUCCUCCCGCCAGCUAGCGGGUGGACGUUGCGGAAUCAGGGCUCCACGACAGCGCGAUUCCACUGGAUCCGCAAGGCGUAUGAGGCUGUCGAGGGGCUGGAGAAGCCCGAUCCGAUCUUCCUGAAUGAGAAGGAUGUGCCCCCGACGCCCAUGCCGGAUACGAAUGGGGCGUGGGCGACGACGAGAUUUGUGGAUCCGAACGAUCUGCGCCAUGAUAUGCAUGUUACAAUUGUGACUUUUGAGCCCGGUGGUGUUAUUCCGUUUGCUGAGACGCAUGUUAUGGAGCAUGGGCUUUAUGUGCUGGAGGGCAAGGCUGUUUACAGACUUAAUCAGGAUUGGGUUGAGGUUGAGGCGGGCGAUUUUAUGUGGUUGCGCGCUUUUUGUCCUCAAGCUUGUUAUGCGGGUGGUCCGGGGAAGUUCCGGUAUCUGCUUUACAAGGACGUUAAUCGUCAUAUGAAGCUUUCCAGGCUGUGA